ACUUCACCUUCUGGAACUUUCUUGAAACACUAAUGGAACUUUGACUUCAUCUUCUGGAACUUUCUUGAAACGCUAAUGGAACUUUUUCCCCUUCAACUGGAACUUCUUUAUUCUCUCUGGAAAUUUAUUCCCCAUGGUGAUGGUUGCUCGCCGUCGUCCAAGAUGACGCCGGAGAGCGGUGAAGAAGCGCAGUGAAUGAGGCGCUGACGAGCGAUGCUGCGGUUCGGCUGAAGCGUGGCGCGUGGGACGCCGGGCUGAGCGUGCGAGACAGGGAAGAAAAUAACGGGGAGGUGGCGGUUUAAUGUGGGCAUCUUGUUAUAGAUGCCGCCCGAGCGGCAUACAUCCCCUCCCGUUCCUUCAGUCCCUGGCGCGCGAAACUGGCGGUGGCGGGCGAAGCUAAUGGCCAUCCAUGCCAUGGCGCCUCCGCCUCCAUGAGAGUCAGUAAGGCACGUGGCCAGGCGAGCGCGUAUAAAGGGCAGCCCGAGUUUCGGAUCUCUUCGUCCACGUCUCCAUUCGUUCGCGCCACAGGCACAGCACAGGGGCCCGCGAGGAGAGGGAGGAGGAGGAGAUGGUGCACGGGACGCUGGAGGUGCUGCUCGUCGGGGCCAAGGGCCUCGAGAACACCGAUUACCUCUCCCGCAGGCAACAUGGAUCCGUAUGCAAUUCUCAAGUGCCGAUCACAGGAGCAGAGGAGCAGUAUUGCAACUGGAAAAGGAAGUAAUCCUGAAUGGAAUGAAAGCUUUGUCUUCACCGUGUCCGACCGAACUACAGACUUGUUGGUCAAGCUUAUGGACAGUGAUACAGGCACAGCUGAUGACUUUGUUGGUGAAGCGACCAUUCCGUUGGAAGCAGUGUAUACGGAAAGGAACAUUCCACCAACACUUUAUAAUGUUGUGAAAGGGGAAAAAUACUGUGGGGAAAUCAAAAUUGGUCUCACAUUCACUCCUGAGGAUGCUCGCCAGCGGGGUCUCCCGGAGGACGUUGGUGGAUGGAAACAGUCUCAUUAAGAAGAUGCAGAUGCUUUGAGGUUUCGCCAGAGUACUGUGACAAUUCAUGUGAUUGAAGCCUUCAGCCCUUGAAUACCAUUCAUGCUGAUACAACAUGAAAUUCAGUUUAUUUGGCCUCGUCGAUUGUUCCAAAAAGUAACGAGUUUCAACUAAAAUAAAUGCAUUUUGCUGUAUUAAUACCCUUCCUCAGUAUCGGAAAUUUUAAUGCCGUUUGUGAUCACUGGUUACGAAAACAGUUCA